GCGGUCGUAGAAUAGUUCCGUCUUUUUGCCCUGGCUAUUGCUCACUUGGGAUAGUCCCGGAAAGAGUUGACAGGUGGAGGUUUCCAGACUCUCGAACCGUUGGGGCCGGCGAUACUUGGAGAGUCCUAUUAGUUCGUUCUGCAAAAUUGGAUGCACUAAAUCGAGUUGGGUGAACCGCCUAGGAUGGCUGUUCUAAGCGCAAGAAAGAGAGAUCUUGCCAAUGCUAGUAAUGCCUGUGCUUGGAUUUGUUCUUAGCAGCUUGCCAUCUGAGGCACAAUUGUGAUCGGCAUGAACGCCUUCCGAGAUCUCGUUUCUGUUGGCGCCAAUUCCCUUCCCAGAACCCUCCAUCCUUCGCACAUCUACCUAUAUAAACCGUCAAACCUCCCCGCCAUGUAUAUUCGUUAUAUCUUCCCCUUCCCCAAUACAUUUAUUUCUUCCCUGCCAACCUUCCGUCCGCCAUGACCGAUUCCAAGAUUGUCGUAUGCACUCGCAGACGCUAUCUUCCUCUCUUUACGGCCCCUCCCUACCGCGAAUGAUGGCCGGUACGAUGCGCAGGUGAAGCCCCCGACCGAAUAUAUGGACCCGGAUGGCAACCACUCUGAACUCUACAAAGUGGCUGAGUAUGUUCACGAUCGUAUCCAGAAGGGUCCCUUAAUCGAUGAUCCAAUGCUUUUGCCAAAACUCCUACAGGCUGCUAGGAAUAAGGACGCAUUUGAUGAUCGAAGCCGUCUGUUUAAUGAGGCGUUGUAUUUCCUCAGCCGAUUACCUCAAGAAUCUAAGAUCUCGAAGCAGCUGAAUGAGAUCGUGAUUGGCGCACUGUAUAACACCGUACCCCACCCCCCGGCUGCCUUCAUUGGCACAAACUCUAACGGCACGAGUCCACUGUGGCAAAAUAUCUCACCGCCGUCAGCUGAAGAUGCUCAAAGUCUGAGGUCGUUAUAUGCUUCUCGAAGUGCGGAUGGAAGUGGAAAUAGUCCUCUGACGCCGGGACUGGGUCAAGCUGGAACGCCUUAUGCAAGAAGCGUACAAAAUAAACAUCCAUUACCUCCUCACCUCUUUCCCGACACCGGACUUGUUUUUGAUGCACUCCUCAAAGCACGAGAUUUCAAACCUCAUCCUGGAGGAAAUUCUUCGCUCACCUUCGCGUAUGCGUCCCUGGUCACUCACCAGUUAUUCCGCACGGAUCCUCGGGACAUGUCGAAGAAUAACACGUCUUCUUAUCUCGACCUUUCUGUCCUAUAUGGGAUUAACCAGCAGCAGCAGGACCUUGUUCGUGACAAGGAACACGGUCGUGGACUUCUUUACCCAGAUGCCUUCGCAGAGGACAGACUUGUCCUUGUUCCUCCGGCAGCAUCGGCUUUGCUGGUAAUGUUCAGCCGGAACCAUAACUAUAUUGCCGACAUGCUACUGAAGAUCAACGAAAGAGGGCGUUGGACUAAUCCUCCGCCGGAGGACCCGACAAAGCGAGCCGUUCAGGAUGAAGAGAUCUUCCAAACCGCACGGCUAGUUAAUUGCGGACAUUACAUGUCCACAAUCUUCGGCGAUUAUGUGGCUGGAUUUUUAGGUACGGGGCGUGAAGGUAAUAGUUGGGUUCUCCAGCCAUUCGAUCCUAUCAAGACGUCUCAGGGCGUCGUUGAACGCGGAGAGGGCAACCACUGUUCGGUUGAGUUCAAUCUCCUGUACCGCUGGCAUGCAACAACGGCCAAAGAGGAUAUCAAGUGGACUGAAGACUUGUUUAAGAGAACCUUCGGUGACAAACCGGCGUCUCAGCUCACGCUUGAGGAUUUUGGUCCCGGUGUUACCAAGGUCUGGUCUACGGAAGUUGACCCGAACCCUAGGACACGAACCUUCGCUGGUCUUAAGCGUGGUUCUGAUGGCAAGUUCAGCGAUGACGAUCUCGCGCGCGUGUUACAAGAUGCAACGGACAAACCAGCCGGGGCCUACCGUGCUCGUGGUACUCCAGAAGUACUUCGCCUCAUAGAGAUCAUGGGUAUGGAGCAGGCCCGCAAGUGGGGUGUUUGCAGCAUGAAUGAGUUCCGAAAGUUCCUUGGGUUGAAGCCCUUCGCCAACUUCAAGGAAUGGAACAGCGACGAAGUGAUCGCACGCACUGCGGAACAGUUGUAUGGUCACAUUGAUAAUCUGGAGUUAUAUCCCGGACUUCAGGCAGAAGAGAUCAUUCCUCUCGGACGUGGCUCUGGUCUCUGCUGUGGCUAUACCAUGACUCGCGCUAUCCUUGGCGAUGCGAUUGCCCUUGUUCGUGGCGAUCGUUUCUACACGACGGAUUAUACCCCGACAAAUCUGACCGCGUGGGGCUACCAGGACUGUGCUCGGGAUCCCAACAACGGUGCAUUCGGAGCAGCGUUGCCCAAACUCCUACUUCGUCAUCUUCCUCGUCACUAUACGUCCAACAGUGUUUAUGGCCUCUUCCCAUUCUUCACCCCGGAGACGUCUCACCAGACGUUAACCAAAUUGAAGGUUGUAGAGAAGUACACCUUUAAAAGGACUCUGCCACAGCCGAUCCCCAAAACAGUCAACACGAUGGUUGGCCUUCGACAUGUCUUCAGUAAGCCCGACAUCUAUAAGACUACCUAUGGUGAGGAUAUGCGCAACUUGACCAAUGGCUUCGGCUUCAUGUUGGUCUUCGAUGAUGGAGCCAAACACAAUUGGUACCGUAAAGAAGUCAUUCGGGCAUUGUUCCCAGAUCAUGACACUUGCAAUGGCUACGUUGCUUGGUACAAGGCGAAGACCCAGGAGCUGCUCCAGGAGUAUUCAUACAAAAUCGACGGUGUGCCUGGAACACGCGUCGAUAUCGUACGAAAUGUUAUCAACCUCGUCGCUGUCCACUGGGCUUCCGGUUGGCUCGUGGGCGCCCCUUUGAAAACGAGGCAGCAUCCAAUAGGUCUCUUCACCGAGCAGGAGAUGUAUGACGUCCUCAUGCUUCUCUGUACUUGUGUCUUUAUCAACGUCCUUCCCGAACACGGAUUCUUCCUCCGAUCACAGGCUAAAGUGAUCGGUGACAAGAUCAACGGCCUCAUUGAGAGCAGCAUCGAAGCCGCUGCACCUCAAACAACUACCCGUUUGUCUCAUUUCGUAAACAAGAUCACCAGUUAUAUAUGGGCCGAAGAAGAGAAGCUUUGCUAUCCUUUCCUCAGACGGCUGGCUGCCAUCGGUAUUGAGCGGAAGGAGAUGGUCUCGCAAGUCAUUGGUUUGGCAGUCGGAUCUUCUGUCAACUAUGCUCAAUCUAUCGCACAAGUCGUAGACUUCUAUCUUGACGAUGAGCGGGCUGCAGAACGAGCUGAGAUUGUCAAGCUCGUGAAGCGAAACAACCCAGAAGCAACAGAACUUAUUCAUGGGUACAUCAGAGAGGGACAAAGACUGGCUCCUCAGUUCCCUGGCUUGUUGCGGGUGGCUGUAAAGCCCGAUCAAGUUCCUCUUGGUGCCGGGUUACCGCCUCUUGCUGUCCAGCCCGGAGAUAUCAUAUUCUCGAGUUAUUUCAACGCCCAGCGCAAUCCAACGGACUUCCCCGAUCCUCUCAAAGUCAACCCUCGACGCCCCAAAGACGUUUACCAGAAUCAAGGCUCCGGUUUCCAUGUCUGCCCCGGAGUUGACUUCACACUAAUGACUGCAACAGAGAUCAUGAAGAUCAUCUUCAGCUUACCCAACCUUCGUCGUGCCCCCGGCGCGGCAGGGCGCAUGGCGAGCUUCAUGACCCAACAGAUUGCUGGUACCGAUAACCGAAUGUAUCUUGAUAACACCAGCAAGGAGACACCUUGGCCAGGGUCUCUAACGGUUGUAUACGACGCAUAAUGGCUACUUGCGGAGGGUAUUUAUUCUACCCUAUUUAACAUAAUGUUGUAAUAUACUAUUUUGUUGUAACGACAUGUGAACGAUGUUGUUUCUCUUGGUUCGGUGUGUAUUGCUCCCAAUAAUAAUGAGAUAUCGACGUCAUUAGCUCGACCUCCGCAUGAUUGGUUGUACCACAACGCCCACAUUGUUCAGUACUGCAUCAAUACCUGAUUGUAUCAUCAUGAACUUGGCCACCGUUUUCCAUUGCCUUCAAUAAAAAUCAGGUUUAAGA